AGCCACGCAUCAGAAUCGGCUAAUACACGGUACCGUAUAGUUAACUGGGGAUAUUUAUCAGAACAACUGGAUAAAUGUGACAAAUGUGGUGUGGGUCGCCUGAACACGACGAACGAGAGGAGAGCUGGCUUGGGGUACUUGACAAGGAUAAGAUGUGAUUACUGUCAGGAAACAAAUGUCGUUCGGACCGAUGAAGUUCAUACUGAGAUUAACCAACGAUGGCCAAAACGCUUCAAACUGAACGAACGCUGUGCUCUUGGUACCCUUCAUUCUGGGAAUGGAAAUACGCAGCUGGAACAUCUUCUUUCACCAAUGGAUGUGAAAUCCAUGACUUCAAAAACCUACAAUAGUAUCGAGAGAAGGGUGGGACCGCAAAUUGAAAAGGUAGCAAGAACAAGUUUCUCUAACUGGCUUGAUCAGGAAGUAAAGAGCACUGACGGGAACAACGACCUCGCAAUCUCCUACGAUAUGGGGUGGCAGAAAAGGGGGAAUGCUAGGAACUCACAGACAGGACAACGCACUGCUGCUGUGCGAGCUACGGGUAAAAUUUGUGACUUCGAAACAAGGAACACCGCCUGCCGAAUAUGUGAGAGUGCGUCCAAGUCAGGAAAGCGGCCACAUACUCACAACUGUCGAAAGAAUCAUACUGGCACUUCCAAGUCAAUGGAGGCAGGGGCAGUAGCAGAAAUCUACGAGCGUGCCAAAGCGUGUGGUAUUCGCUACUCUACCUUUAUAGGAGACGAACAUAGCACCACCAUCGCUCGAGUUAGACAAGUUGCUGGUAAGUUUGCAAACCAAAAUUUACUAUUCCACAAAUAGCUGGAAUGAAUGCAUGUUACCUAAUCUUGAAAAGGGUAAAUACGACCUUUUUUAAGACCGAUAUUCAAUCUCUUAUCAGAUUAUGACGUAGGAAAACAUGCUGAUUUCACCCAUGUAAAACGAGGAUUUGGAGGUGACCUGUACAAAGCUAGAUCGCAGAUCCCAGCGGGAAGCAAAACCCUACUUUCAGAUGCUGUUAUAUCAUACCUUGAGAAGUGCUUUGCCUAUGCAACUUUAUCAAAACAAAGACAACGAAAAAGGACUGAAACAAUCUCUCGAGGCCAUAGUCCCCCACGCCUUCGGCGACCACGCAAAAUGCAGUUUGGAAUGGUGUGGAAGGUUAAAAAAUCCCGCGGGAUAUAAACACGUGGGCCUACCAGAUGGUAAGGAUUUACAAGGCGCCGCCCUCAAGAAGUGUCUUACUGAUGUAAUUCAAAAAUAUGCAACGCCAGACAUGCUGAAAAAGAUAGCACCACUUUCAUCCUCUCAAAAAAAUGAAACAGCAAACAGCGUAAUCGGGACAAAGUCUCUGAAGAUCAGAUACUACGGGGGGAGCGAAAGUAACGACUAUAGGAUUGCAGCAGGUGUUGCACAAGUGAAUGAAGGUAAAACUGUUGGCGUAAAUUUACUAAUCAAUGUCAAUGGUAAAUGGAAUGCUGUAAAAUUGGGGGAAAAUUGGCGUAUCAUUUCUAGCGUUUCAUGUUGUUAACGAAAGCGGGGCGGUAUAUCUGCGACCAUUACUGUUCAGUGUUAAAAAUUCGUAGCUCCAAAAAAUAUUUUGCAACCCCUACUAAGACAAGGGUCAUAGAUGAUGGUAGGCGAAGAAAGGGUGGGGGAUCAGUAUUUUACUUAGGGUCACAGAGUGGAGCAGGUAUGGCAUUAUCUAUAUAGAAGGGAUUGAAAAGCUUCAGUGGGUGAUCGUUUUUCCAGUGAGCGACUGCACAGACAUACGUUUUAGUUAUCAAGCUAAAAAAAUGUAAUUUUCCAUAUUUCAGGAUACAGUUAUGUUCAAAGAGUUAUGAAAACAUGGAUAUCGAGAGCGGUGAAGUCUGCAAGCAAUACGUAGAACGUAUGUCCGCUAGGCAAUCUCAGGACAAAGAAAGAAAGUCAUCAAAGCAGUUCAAACACCAAAGAAAAAUGCUACAUGCAUCUGGCUUGUAGAGCGAAAGGGAAAGAAGGUGACAAGAGGGAGGGAAUAACGUAUUGCUCAGGCAUCGCAACAGAGCUGAGUACCCUGCAAGACGAAAUUUGCGAAACUAUCCUAAACAUCAACAUGCGUGACGUAGAAAAAGUCCGAAAAAGACGCUGAGCUACCAGCGAACAGAGUACCACCGCCACCAGUAGAUAAACCACCCAGAGAUUCCGCCAUAAUCUAUUUUGAUGUGGAAACAGCAAGUCGAACCAAAAACUGCGAGAUUUUGCAGUUAGCGGCAGUCUCUAAGCACUCUUCGUUCUUAUCUUAUAUCACUCCAACUUUUGAUAUUGCUACAUCUGCAACAGCAGUUCACAGCUUACGUGUCGCAUAUAAUAAUGAGGGAAAAAGGUGCUUGUCAAAGAAGGGGGUACUUCUGGAAACGUGCCCCAAAGUGGAAGCAUUUAAUAACUUCCUCUCAUUCUUGGAAUCAAUGAAGCACCCCUGUAUCCUCAUCGGACACAACGCCACAGUUUUUGAUACACCAAGGCCGCUGUAUCAAAUCUCAUUGUGUGAAAGGGAAUUGGGAAGGGGACUCAAAAUGCCUAUAUUUUUUGCAGACAGUUUGCCCUCUCUAGAAAAGGAAACAUGGCUUCCUCAAUCGAAGACACUUGGUUCCAUCUACCAUCACGUAACAGGGAACUCAUUUAAUACACAUGAUGCGCUUGAAGACUCGACAGCAUUGCAACAGAUUAUGGAUGACGAACGACUAAAUUCCUGCGUCUCUGCAAUUGUCGAUAAUGCU